AGGAGAAGGUGUCUCCCGUCCAGAACGAUCGAUUUUUGUCUCGCUUCCUUCCUCCUCAUCCUCAUAACACAACGCCUCUGCACUCAGGCAGCAGGCCAGAAGCUUCCGGACACUGUUGUGGAGCCCGUAUUAAUCCCCAUUUACCUGAACCAGUCAACUCAGCAGUGACACAGUUGCUCUUUGAAAAACCAUUCCUCCUUAUAUCAAAGAAAUGCCCUUGCAGGUGAAAUACUAAAUCAUGCACCAUGCACCAACAUCUCAGAAACUUGUGAUAGUCAUUUAAAAAAGUUGUUUGAUAAGACAGAAUCUCAAUGAUGAGGGGGUCGCUUGUUUACGCUACAACGAUUUCCAGCUUCCUGCCAGUCAGUUUCCUGUGAACCUGGAGAGGGGUGAAGGGUAGGAAAGCGUUGGUGGGGGAAGCCUGACGUUCUCUGGCUUACCCCUGGAUAGCCAGGCACGUACCGCAGCUCCCCGAGGGGUCCUCGUAUAUAUUUUCUCAACGUGGCACACAAACACACUUUGCUUUCCUGCCAUUACUUUGCUCAGAGCUAUGGGGGUUUAGAAAAACUAAUAGCCCACUAAAAAUACUUGGAGCCUGGGCCGGGGCCUUUUUCCUGCGUUGCUUCCAUGUGUGCGCGUGGGCCAUUGAGGAAGGAAGAAACCAGCAGCUUUGCUUGUACGGGGGCUUCCUGCGCAACAUUAUAAAGAGUCCCCUCCCUGCAGCCUCCCCUUUCAGUGUCGGCCAGAGCGAGUGGAGGCUGCUCCACGUCUUUGACUGUAGACUGAACUCUGAGGCGAGGGGGUUUGACGUCAGCCUGGUGCACGUCAGUUCUCGUCCCUGCUGGUCGGGGUACGAGUAGGGAGCUGGUCUCACCUAAUAGAUGUGUCUGGGACACUCCAGUCUAUUUAUUCUUUCAAUCACACAAAGACAAGCAUGAUGGAGGUAUUGGGGGGAUACAGGGGCGACAGAGACAUGGAGCUGAGGCCAGAGGGAUAUGUGAAGGAGUUCACACGCCACUCCCACGACGUGCUGCUGAACCUGAACGAAUUGAGGCACCGCAACAUCCUCACCGACUUCACCCUGGUGGUUGGGAACGUGCACCUACAGGCGCACUGUGCUGUGCUCGUGGCCUGCAGUGGCUUCUUCUACUCGCUGUACUCCCGCCGUGUGCUGCUCCAGGGGCGUGGUGUUGGUGGUAGUGGGGAGCAGCUCAUGACUGUGUCCCUCCCCAACACCCUGGAUCUGUCCAGCGUCUCCCUGCUUCUGGACUUCAUGUACACCUCCCGCCUCCCUCUGACCCCGGGCAUUGUCCCCGGGGUGCUCGCUGUGGCGACCUACCUGCAGAUGGACCACGUGGCCGAGACCUGCAGGGAUUUCAUGAACCUGCACUGCACGGGGAAUAAAAGUGCAAGACACCUACGAUUGGAGCUGGACUCCAGUGUGUCUGUCGCCUCUGUGGCCCCUAAAGGAGGAGAUCUGCCUCAUCCAGGACCGAUGGCAGCAGCAGCAAGGUUCCCACUGGAGGGUGGGGGCUCGCUCAAGCAAGGGGCUUUCCCGUUUUGCCAGCCUGGGUCAAAGGAGCAGAGAGGAGGGCCAGAGUCGCCCCUCGUGGGCACCCCGACCCCGUCGCCGGACAGCCCUGCCCGCUCCAGCUGCCAACCCAGCUCUCCAGCCGAGUCCAACACGUGUAACAAAAACCUUGUGAAUGAUACCAAAGCCUCACCAGACCCAAAGGCCUGCAACUGGAAGAAAUACAAGUACAUCGUCCUCAACCCUCUCUGUGCUGCGACCACGGUGAAGGAGGAGGAGAUGGACGAACCCCAAAAUCAAACAUCGCCCGUCAAGGACGCGAUCGGCUUGACACCCAAAGCCCCUGCAGAGGCGUGGUCUGGAGAAGUGCCUGGUCAGAUUGAUAGACAGGGGCAGGCCUCCUGCUACGAGGGUUCUGGCCGAGCCCCUCCCCUCGGGCCACCCCCCUCUGUGGAUCCCCUGAAAGUGCCCCCCACUCACAAGCAGGGAACAGUUUCACCCUGCACCAUUUUCCCCAAACUGGACCCCACUGAGCCAGAAGCUGCCCGCCACAACCAACCUGCAAUCAAACGUGAGAACCUCUACGCGCCCUACUGUUACUCUGGCAACCUGCAAGUAACCAAGUCUACCAGCUCAGGUGAAAAGCCGUACCGCUGCAACGUGUGCAGCGCCCAGUUCAACCGACCCGCCAACCUGAAGACUCACGCCCGCAUUCACUCAGGAGAGAAACCGUACCGCUGUGACACCUGCGGCGCACGGUUUGUUCAGGUCGCCCACCUCAGGGCCCACGUCCUGAUCCACACAGGCGAGAAGCCGUACCCCUGCCACACCUGCGGCACCCGCUUCCGCCACCUGCAGACCCUGAAGAGCCACCUGCGCAUUCACACUGGAGAGAAGCCUUACACUUGUGAGAAGUGUGACCUGCACUUCCGCCACAAGAGCCAGCUGCGUCUUCACCUGCGGCAGAAGCACGGGGCGGUGACCAACACCAAGAUCCGCUACAAGGUGCUGACCGAGCCCUACCAGCCUUUACUGCAGGCCUGCUGAGGAGGACGACCCGCGACCCCGAGCAGAAUAACACCGGAAUAAUUAUUCUUAUUCUCUUAAAAUAUGGGGUGAUAAUUUAUAAAUGUCAGUUUGGGCUUUUGGGUUAAAAUGGAAUAGGUUUGGGGGAAAAGAUCAACAUGUUGUUGGAUGAGGUUUGGAGCUAAUAUAUUAAUAUGAAUCUUAUUAGUUGGGAGUUGGGAUUUAAAAGAUGAAGAUGGUAUUCAGAAGUGUUUUUGAAGGUUUGUGAAGGGAGAGAAUGAAAGAGAAAGAGACAAGGAAAAGAAGGAAGGAUGUGUAUACACUGAAAUAUGAAGAUAUGUGAGGAUGUGAAGAGUCUGAAAGAAAGACAAAGCAAGUUUUUUGAAGGAGACAGUGGAGCUGUUCAGAGUAAAUGAAAAUGAAACUUUGUUUUGACGCAUGGAGAAGCACUUAGUCAGCGUUGAGGUAUUGAAGUUUUUCUUCUUAAACGUGUAUUUAACUCAGAUUUAUCUUUAGCUUGAGGCCUGGGGCCUGUGUGUUCUUUAAAUAUGCAGUUUCAUCUGCUUUUACGGUCCAAGCAGGCAAAGGACUUAGCUUUCUAAUAGUGAACAGAAAGUAGAAAAAUGCAAUGAUGUGUUGUUUUCUGAAAUGAUACGUUUGAAAAAAGACGAUUGUAAUGAAUUGGAUGAUUGAUAAUAAUAAUGUUAACUUUGUAUGUUUAUGGGUUCAUUUGCUGGACAAAGAUGGUUUCUUACAAGUUAAAUUAAAUCGUUUUUUUAAACAA